GAUCCAUUCCUCUUUGCAAUUAAACCCUGACUUCUGCUUCAGCUUUUUUGGUUAUGUAUAGUACCGACCGGACCGGCUUCCUCCUUUUCUUUCUAGCACUAGCUGACCUUGUGAAACUACUUUAUUUCGACACACUAUUGAUAUGGAGACAAUGGAAGUUACCUCAGAAAAUGGAAUCAUCCCCACAUCUGCAAUCAAUGGGGACAAAUGUGAUGGCAUGAAAGAAGAAGUAAAAGUUGAUGAAAUGACAUCAAGAGACUAUUAUUUCGACUCCUAUGCACAUUUUGGAAUUCAUGAGGAAAUGUUAAAAGAUGAAGUCCGUACUUUAACAUAUAGGAACUCUAUGUAUCACAACAAGCAUCUUUUUAAAGGUAAGAUUGUCUUGGAUAUAGGUUGCGGCACAGGGAUUUUAUCCAUGUUUGCAGCCAAAGCAGGUGCUGCUAAGGUUAUAGGAAUUGAGUGCUCUAACAUCGUAGAGUAUGCCAAACAAAUAGUUGAGGAUAACAACCUGUCGGAAACUAUUACCAUCAUUAAAGGCAAGGUUGAAGAAGUCACUCUUCCUGACGGAAUUGAGAAAGUAGACAUCAUCAUUUCUGAAUGGAUGGGUUAUUGCCUUUUCUACGAGAGUAUGUUGGACACAGUGCUGUAUGCCCGAGACAAGUGGCUAGCCUCAGACGGACUCAUGUUCCCUGACCGCGCGACGUUGUUUAUCUGUGGGAUCGAGGAUCGGCAGUACAAAGACGACAAGAUAAACUGGUGGGAUGAUGUUUAUGGUUUUGACAUGAGUGCCAUCAGGAAAAUUGCCAUCAGUGAGCCCUUGGUCGAUGUUGUGGAUCCAAAACAGGUGGUGACAAAUGCCUGCUUAAUCAAGGAAGUAGAUCUGUACACUGUUGUUAAGGAGGACUUGGACCUUCAAGCGCCUUUCCAUCUGCAAGUCCGUCGUAAUGACUACAUUCAAGCCCUCGUUACCUUCUUCACUAUAGAGUUCACAAAGUGUCACAAGAGGAUAGGAUUCAGCACAGCCCCAGAGGCCCCUUACUCUCACUGGAAACAGACAGUGUUCUACCUGGAUGAAUAUCUGACCGUCAAGAAGAACGAGGAAAUCUACGGGGUCUUUUCCAUGAAGCCAAACAAGCGCAACAAUAGAGAUCUCGACUUCUCUAUUGACAUUGAGUUUAAGGGAGAAUUGUGCGAGGUGCAUGAAACUAACAAGUACAGGAUGCGUUAAUGUGAAGUCGCACAGGUCAAGAAUCAAACUAUCUUCGAUUGAACUAUGGUACUUGAAUAGUUUGAUCUGUAAAUCUGGACUCAAUGAGGGAAGAUAACUUGCCUCCCAAUAAAACGCUGUGCUCUGUUCUAGUUAUAUUGUAACCAUCUUUAGUGUAGUUUUGAACUGUAGACAACUCAUAUCUCAGUGUUUUCUGCUAAAUAGCGCUAUCAGUAUUUUCUGUUUUAAUGUAGACAACCUCAAUUUGGUUUAAAUAAUUUUAAUUUUUAUUCACAGGUAUUUUAACUUUAAUAUUAACUUUAUAUUUAAUUGUUGUAUACUGAGCUACUUUUAUCUAAUUAUAUGCCCCUUAUUCUAAAUUUCCCAAUAUUGAUUUUCAUUGGAUUAUAUGAUUCAUCACUUGAUCAGAGAGUAACUGAAACAUAUCUGUCCUUUAGUACCUAACUUAUUAGUCCUGUUCUCUAACCUGCCUCUUAGUUCUAAUCAGGUACCUAUCAAACAGUUCCUUCAAAUUCCUUUAGUUUAAGAUAUUAGUUCAAUCUGUGAUUAUUUUGAUAUGAUUCUGAAUAGCUUUUAUAUUUGCAUGUGUAUGCUAAAACAUUUUACCAAUAAAUUUAAAUUUUAUAAA